AUGUACGCAAAGAAACGACGCACCUUUGAGGAGGUACCCAACAAUGCCGAGUCGAAGGCAUAUUGGGUCGGUCUCGGCCUCAACCCCGACUUUAGCUGCAAAUUCACCUCGCCACGAAAGGGGUGGAGUAAGUGCGAGGCAUUCGACCCCGACACAGGCGACAAAUGUGGAGUAGACAUGCGCAAGCAGUCUACAGAUUCACUUCGUUUUGAUCUGUGUGCGCGGCACACCAUGGAAGGGGCUCACCAGCUCUUGCUAGUGAGGGAGUGGCUCUCCACCUUCCCUUUUCGUGAAGGGAGCGAUGAAAAAGAGAAACGGAUUCUCAGCGGGAACAUUUACAAGAAGAUGGAUGCAUCAGGCAGGUGGCAUAUUGGGCUUCGUGAUGACUUACCGGAACACUCGUUCAAAAUAGGGUUUUCUCUGGCAUCCAACGAACCCCUCGACGAGGGCUUUUCAAGGUCUGAAGAAGAAUGUGGAGCCUGCUUUGGGCCAACUCUCCCCACACACAGGGCCUACCUGCUGGCCCGGUGCUUAACAGCAUUUUCGGGUUUCUUCUGGCCGGCUACAGGGCCGAAAUAG